AUGAUGUUUGGUUGGCGUGAAGCGUUAAUUACUGCGAUUUUCGCCGGACUUAUGGUGAUCAUUUUCUUGAUUCUGAUGAUUCGUCGAAAGUCUAAUUUAAGGAGUGUUGCAACACAGCGCCAUGAACAAGAAGUCAGAGGAGUCGAAACAGAGGUUAAAACGACACCGUUACAGACAGAAGAAAACAGCAAGAGAAGGCUAAGUUCUCAUUUCUUCCGCCGUGGUUCGUCUACAAAAUCUUUCUUCAAUUGGGCUGAUCAUCCAGCUUUGAUCACCGACGCUGUCGAGAAUGGAUGGUCACGAUUUGCCUUUAAUAGUCACGUGUCGAGUUCUCCGUCUGUUAGAUCAUCUUUAUUUGGGAGUCUGCGACUUACAGGGGAUUUUUACAGCAGCAGAGAAAAUAGCAGUAGCAGUAUUAAUAACUCGACUAGUAUUAAUGAGGUUGAAGAGAGUUGGGAAAUUGGUUCAGGAUCAGUUGAUUUUAUGCAAAAGUUGUCCUUCAAAAUAAAAGGCUUAAACCAUGGUGGUGGAGCCGUGGCUGCAAGUUUAUCUUCGGUGGCGAAAUCGGUGGGGAGGAUGGCGUUACCUUUGCCAGGGCCACCAAUGGUUCAAUCCUUUCCGCAAGAAGCGUAUUUUGAGAUAAAUGUUUUGAACUCAAAUGAAGAUAAUGUUAAGUUUACUGGUGAAGGUGAAAAAACGAAGCUGCUGUUUCAGCGGAGUUUUUCUUCUACGGCAAGUUCGGGGAUUGGUAAGACGCAGGAAGGGUUGUUUCAUGUGAGUAGUAGCCGAGGGUCUCACUUGUUAGAGGAGUUGAAAAUCGGUGGUGGUUGCCGAAGAGGAGGAGGAGGUGGUGGUGGUGUGAAUAUAUCAAUAGGACUGAGUGUUGGGGGUUUUGUAACGACUAGGAUUCCUGGGAGCUAUCCUGGCUCUAUUGGAUUCAAUUCUGAUGGUUCUGUUUUUCUUGGAGUGGGAAGCCGAGUUACAAUUUGGGCUCCACUUUUCUAG